AUUCCAGCUUACAAUCACAGCAUUACAAGGUAGUAAACAUUUGUGCUAUUUGUGUAUACUGCAGUGUUAUUACCACCGUUAUUAUCCAUAUCGCCCAAUCACUUCAAAUAAUAUGUCUUUCACCCAUCCUGGUCCCCAAUCAGAAGAAUGUGCUUUGUUAGGAAAUGUUUAUGUUAAACACAACUAUUAUGGACAAAGUAUAAGUAGUAACAUAGAGGAUGACGAUGUUACCGUGAAUAGAAAUUUUAGAAAUGAGCAAAGAAGACAGAAUAACAAGGGAAAAUAUCGAGAAAUAAAUGCUGAUUGUGAACCCAUGGCAUCUACAAGCGGUGAUUCUGUAGAUAUCACAUAUCCACGGAAUGAGACAACAAUCAACUGUCAAGAAAUUGAAGUACCUGAAAUUGUCAACACCGGUGUUUUGGGAAGAUUUUUCCCGUUUGGAUUUUACUAUGAGUUUAAAAAACUUGUUUGUCUGGCUACACCAAUUACAAUUACAUCAGUGGUGGCAUUUUUAUCCGGUCCUGUGAGUCUCAUCUUUUGCGGACAGCUUGGGAAAACUGCGUUGGCUACCGUUGGUCUUGCCAAUUCUGUAUUCAAUGUUGCUGGUUUGGCUGUUGUAACCGGUCUGCUAACAGCAGUUGAUACUUUAUUCUCACAGGUCAGUUAA